AUGGCCAAUCGACUCGUUUACCUGAGUAUCCACCCCCCACCCCCACCCCAACAUGCCCAAAACGCGUCCUAUGGGACGAUCUCCGAGAACCUGUCGGCGAACAAGGGGAAGGAGGGGGAGUGUGGAGGACAUGCUCGACCUGCAGGCUCUGCCGUCCUCCAAGAUGCGGGACCUCAGAAUCUCGCGGGGAUGGGCGGGGCGGGAGGAGAAAACAGCACCGCGGAAAAUCCCCCGACGGCUCUAUCGCACGCGAUGAACGUGAUGUUUCUCCCGCUCUGGGUACCCAAGUCGCUCCUCAAAUUUGUGGGGUCGGCGCCGGCCCUCCUCGAGGCUGACAUCGAGACUGUCAAGUCGGACGUGAGAAGGGUUAGAAGAUAA